CCUGUGGGAGGCAGCAAUGUGCCGAAAGGCAUCUAGUCUGCCGGAAACUACAAGAAGAAGAAGAAGAAGAGGAGUUCAUCUCCGACCGUUAUUGAAAGAGAGGAAAAAUGCCCGAACCUGCAAAGUCCGCGCCCAAGAAAGGCUCCAAGAAAGCGGUGACCAAGACCGCCGGGAAGGGAGGGAAGAAGAGGAGAAAGACCAGGAAGGAGAGCUACGCCAUCUACGUGUACAAGGUGCUGAAGCAGGUCCACCCCGACACCGGCAUCUCCUCCAAGGCCAUGAGCAUCAUGAACUCCUUCGUCAACGACAUCUUCGAGCGCAUCGCCUCCGAGGCGUCUCGUCUGGCUCACUACAACAAGCGCUCCACCAUCACCUCCAGGGAGAUCCAGACCGCCGUGAGGCUGCUGCUGCCCGGGGAGCUGGCCAAGCACGCCGUGUCCGAGGGAACCAAGGCCGUCACCAAGUACACCAGCUCCAAGUAG